AGCAAGGGCAGGGAAGUGCUCCUGAUUUACUCCAGCUUGGGGAGUGCAGGUCAGUCCAGCUGGAGAAGGGAGUGGCCGCAGCCUGGAAAGGAUGGGAAUGCUGCUACGAGCAGCCGUGCUCCUGAGUUCCCUUCUCCUCUGCAGUGCAUUUUUGGAUCUGAGUGGCCCCAGUGAGAUUAAAGCUGUAUGGAAGGGAUCUAUCACUCUGCCAUGUGCCUAUGUCCCUGUGGAGGACCUUGUGCAGCAAACCCUCACCUGGUCUGUGGUACAUGACCAGAGCUCAGGCACCAUCUUUCGGAGAGAUGGCUCUGGGGACCAUGUGCUCCUGUCUGAGUACAGGGACAGGGUCAGUGUCCCGAAGGACACCCCAGGGAAUGUGUCUCUUGUCAUCCUGAACCUGGAGGUCUCUGAUAGGGGAACCUACACUUGCCAGGUCACCUGGAGAGCCAGCAACAACAGCCUGAUAGCAAAGGAGAUCGUGACAAAAAUGGAGGUUGUUAAAGUGGCAACCACCAAGCCCAUCAUCAGGGCCGGCGAGCUGGGGCUGACGGUCCCGGCCGGAGCCAGCACCAGCCUGACGUGCGAGGCCAGCGGGUCCCCCCCCAUCAGCUACCGCUGGUUCCGGAGCACCCCAGGGGGGAAAGUCCUGCUCCGGAGCAGCGGGGCCGAGCUGGCGUGGGACAGUCUGCGGCCCUCCGACAGCGGGAUGUAUUUCUGCGAGGCAGCAAACAGGGCUGGCGGCGGAGCGGCCCAGCAGAGCGACACCGUGCAGCUGACAGUGACAGAUCUGCCCACAACAACAGCAGCCUCGUGGAGGGAUGUGGGAACCCCAGGGAGACACCACCUAACCACAGAAAAAAACCAAACAGAGCUGUUGUUCAGAGGUACCUCAGGAAUCUCCUGGACUCCAUGGGGCUCCAUCACUACUACAGAUCUGCCCAUAACAGUGACUGCAGUGACUUCCGAGAGUGGUGUGGGAUAUCCAGAGAGGAAUUAUACAACUCAGGAUUUCCAGAGGACUGGCCUGUCCCUGUAUCUGGUCAUCCUGAUUGCUGUGGUGUGCGGUGCUGUGGUUUUCCUCGUCAUCUCUUUUAUCAUUUGCAUUAGAAAGCCCAAAGAUGCCCUCCUGGAUCUGUCUGGUGUCCACCAGGUCAAGGGCACAUGGAUGGGAUCCACCACUUUACCAUGUACCUACGUGCCUUCAGAAGGUUUCACAGAGCAAGCACUCAGUUGGAGUGUGGAGCGGGACUCUAGCACCUCUACCAUCUUUCGGAGGGAUGAUUCUGGUGACCACAUCUUGCUGUCUAACUUCCGAGAUCGAGUCAGCGUCCCAAAACACAGCCCAGGGAAUGUCUCACUCCUAAUUGAGAACCUUGAAAUGCCCGACAGCGGACACUACACCUGUCAAGUCAUCUGGAGGUCUACAAAUAACAGCUUGAUAACAAGGGAGGUGACCACUAUAGUUAAAAUUGUCAAAGUGGCAACCACCAAGCCCAUCAUCAGGGCCGGCGAGCUGGGGCUGACGGUCCCGGCCGGAGCCAGCACCAGCCUGACGUGCGAGGCCAGCGGGUCCCCCCCCAUCAGCUACCGCUGGUUCCGGAGCACCCCGGGGGGGAAAGUCCUGCUCCGGAGCAGCGGGGCCGAGCUGGCGUGGGACAGUCUGCGGCCCUCCGACAGCGGGAUGUAUUUCUGCGAGGCAGCAAACAGGGCUGGCGGCGGAGCGGCCCAGCAGAGCGACACCGUGCAGCUGACAGUGACAGCAGAUCUGCUCCCAACAAUGCUGGUCUCCAGGAUGGAUACUGCUCCAGAAGGGCCUGUCACGGACACAGGUGCCCCCCCGGACCCGCUGCUCUACGGGACCGUGGCCGCGCUGGCCGGAGCCGCGCUGGGAGCGCUCGGGGUGGUGGCGGCGCUGCGCUGGAGGCGGCGGCGCAGGAAGGAGGAUCCUCUCUAUGAAGUUGCUUUCACUGCAGGUGUCACGGCGCUGGAGGCUGAGGUGAAAGUCCCUAUUAAAUGUCUUCACAAGGAGACAUGUUCUAAUGCUGAAACAUCCAAUGACACUUUCACCGUGAAAGACAGGAAGAGUCCUGAGUAUGAGAACCUUGUGGUUGCAAUGGAAUCAGAAUAUGAAACAGAGGGAAUUUAGCAGAGUACCAGCUCUUCCGCAUGAGCAGCCAUGCAGGACUGCACAUACCAAAUGGUGAACUUAACAGGAGCAAACCCUUCCUCCUGUUGGUCUUCUGCUCUGAUAAAUGUUUCACUGCUUGCUUAAACCCAGAGGAGCUGCAUAAUCUUCUUGGGCUUUGGCAAACAAGGCCUUGCCCGCUGGAGCAAAAACCCUCAGCUGAGCAUUUGUCUAUCCACUUCUACAGAGUGAGUAAUUUCUGAGCAGCCUGAAUGACUAAGGUCAGGAAGAGAGGAUCUGAGGGACUUGGAACGUGAACGUCUUUAGCCUGCAAAUCCAGGAGUAGCUGGCUGCAAUGCUGCCAGCCAGUAACAGCAGCAAGGGGUACUUUUCAGUGCAUGUUCCUGUUAGGACAUCCCAGGCUGCAAAGAACCAGGGAUUGUGCUGGAAAUGGAUGUCCUCUGGCUUUUGCAGUACAGCAAAUACUGGUUUGUA